AUGGGUAUUCAAUUUAUUCUUUGCUUCAAUAAACAAGGCGUUGUACGGUUAGUGAGAUGGUAUGAACAAUUAGAGAAAAAUGAAGAUACGCAAGCAUACAUUUCGUCUAUUUAUAAGUUGUUAUCUUCUCGAGAUCAUAAGAAUCAAAGUAAUUUUAUUGAAUCUUUUACUGAAAAGACGAAAUUGGUUUAUAAAAGAUACGCAGGUUUAUAUUUUGUAAUGGGAAUUGAUACUAAAGAUGAAGAAGCCAUUCAUUUAUCAAAUAUACAUCUGUUUGUUGAAGUUUUGGAUGCGUUUUUUGGAAACGUCUGUGAAUUAGACAUUGUAUUUAAUUUCUAUAAAGCAUACAUGACGAUGGAUGAAAUGUUUAUUGGUGGUGAAUUGCAAGAAAUUUCAAAAGAAGUGCUAUUGGAAAGAUUAUCAUAUUUAGAUGGCUUGGAAUAA